AUGGCUCCCUCUGUAGAGACGGUCGCGGUCAAGGAGAGUCCAUUGCCACUGCCUGCAGAUGAUCCUCUGUCGCCCGCGCAGUGGGCUACGCUCCUUGCCUUCGCCGAUGCUGUCGUGCCGUCAAUAGCGCCGUCCGUUUCUGCCAACUCGGCCACACAACUCGCAGUCGGUGCGAAUGACUACGCGACCAGACUUGCCCGUGUGCAGCAGCUGGCCGGUCCAGAUGUCGCCGCAGAGCAGUAUCUUGCCGAGGCGCCGUCGGCGUGCCCGGCCUUUCGAGAGAGCAUUCACCGCUUGAUGGCCCAGUACAUUCCGGCCGAUGUCAGGAAGCAGUUUCUGGCGGUUUUCGAUGUCCUGAACACGCGGCCAGGUGCGCUCGUGAUGACGGGCUACUCGACGCCCUUUGCGGAACAGCCCGUCAAUACCCGCAUAGCAAUUCUCCAGAAUUGGGGGACAGCAAGGACGCCGAUGUUUCGCCAGUUGAACAAGAUGCUCACUUCCUUGAUCAAACAGAAUUGGGCCAAGUCUAGUGUGGUUUUAGGGCCCGUCCUGGGCUUUCCUCGCGUCCCCGUUCACGCAUCUGUCGGAAAAGGGUUCGAGUUUGACUUUAUCCAGAUGCCUCCGGGACAUGGACCGGAGAUCAUUGAGACAGACAUCGUCAUCGUGGGCAGUGGAUGCGGAGCGGGGGUAUGCGCAAAGAACUUUGCAGAAGCCGGUCAUAAAGUCGUUGUCGUGGAGAAGUCGUACUAUUGGCCCCCUCAGCAUCUUCCAAUGACGGAAACGGACGGAUAUAAUCACCUUUUCAUGAACGGCGGGUUUGUCAUAUCCGACGAAACUUCGGUCAGCGUAGCUGCGGGCCAAACAUUCGGAGGAGGGGGCUUCGUAAACUGGUCAGCGUCGCUGCAGACCCAAGGGUUUGUCCGCCAAGAAUGGGCGGAUCAGGGUCUCCCAUUCUUCACGUCAGCAGAGUUCCAGAAAUCUCUAGAUGCCGUUUGCCAAAGGAUGGGUGUUGCCACUGACCCCAUCAAGCACAAUCCGAGCAAUAGCCAUCUUUUGGAAGGCGCACGGAAGCUUGGCUGGUCCCACAAGGUUGUUCCUCAGAACAGUGGAGGCACGCAACACUAUUGCGGAUAUUGCAGCAUGGGCUGUGCAUCGUGUGAGAAACAAGGUCCACACGUUUCCUUUUUGCCAGAUGCGGCACGCGCCGGUGCCGAGUUCGUCGAAGGCCUCGAGAUCAGGAAGAUCUUAUUUGAGAACAAGAAAGGGAAAACGGUUGCGGUAGGCGUUUGUGGGACCUGGACAUCCCGCGACGAGCAUGGAGGGGUGGCUGGCGCAUCGAAGACCCAGAGGAAUGUGAUCAUCAGAGCAAAACGCGUGGUGGUCGCCGGCGGCACGCUGCAAAGCCCUCUCCUUCUCCUCCGUUCGGGUCUCAAGAAUCCGAACAUUGGACGGCACCUCCACCUGCAUCCUGUGUCGUUUUUGGGUGCCGUGCACAAGGAGCGUACAAAUCCAUGGGAAGGCGGGAUCCUGACUUCGGUUGUCAACGAGUUCGAAAACCUUGAUGGAAAGGGCCAUGGUGCUAAGCUUGAGGCCGUCACCAUGCUUCCCUCCGUUUGGCUCACAAUCGCGCCAUGGAUAGGGGGGCUCGAAUACAAGGACCUUGUCCCUCGCAUGAAACACAUGGCGGGAUACUUUGCCCUAGCGCGCGAUCGCGACACUGGGCGUGUAUACCCAGAUCCCUUGGACGGACGUUGUCGCCUUUCGUAUCAACUGUCCAGGUUCGACAAGAAGAGUAUUCUGGAAGGCUUGAUUGGACUUGCCAAACUCCAGUACGUCGCCGGUGCGAGCGAGAUCUUCACAGCGAUCCCUGGCUGCUCGGCCUUCAAACGAACGGAAGCGGAAACCGGGGCAGAGGACGCCGAGGGCAUCAACAACGAAAGAUUCCAGGCGUGGCUGAAGGAGAUCAGAAGGGUUGGCUUGCCUCAGCCAGAGACGAUGUUCAUGAGCGCGCAUCAGAUGGGGACCUGCCGUAUGGGAGCGUCGCCGAAGACAAGCGUUGUGGAUGCUGAAGGCAAAGUCUGGGGGACCGAGGGGCUGUACGUCGCAGAUGCCAGUGUCUUCCCAAGCGCUAGUGGUGUCAACCCGAUGGUAACCGUGAUGGGCAUCGCAGAUUGGCUCUCGCGAAACAUGUCCGCACGUAUGGCAAGGGAGAGAGAAGCUGCCAAGCUGUAG